ACGGUUUAAUUAGACAUAAUGAAAGCUUAAUGUACUGGUAAACGCCAGCGGGGGCCAGGGAUGAGCUACGGAGCCCCAAUCCGCGGUGGCUCCACGCUACGUUGCGUCUUCCCUAAAACUUGUGCUCCAAAUCCCGCAAUAUGCCUCCGCUGCCCGCCUGGUUUCCAUAUCUCCGGGGAGGUUAAUGCUUCACGUCUGGCAUUUGGUUGGGUUCAUUGGUUGGCCAGCGGCCGCCGCUGGAGCUGUAAGGGCUGCGGCCGGCGGUCGCUCCAGUCUGUCCGCCAACGGGAGUCCUUACAUGCGCCCUGCGGGUCAAGCUUUUUACCAUCUUUAGGAGGGAAAGCUGUAAAUUUCAACUGGGUGCCUGACGUCAGGCUGCGAGCCGGUUAAAAGGAGUCUUGGAGCCGCCGAUCAGCACAGCCCAGCCCAGAGCUGGCAGGGGAAACGCAGCCAUGCACUGUGGCCGGUAAAGGUUGGAGGAGCCUGCGCAAACACAGCCUACUGGAUGUGCUCGAAAGAUGCUUCGCAGAGCCGGCCGAAUAAGCAGUGGGACGGAGGAUGAUAACGCCGAUUCGGGAGCAGAAAGUGCCGAGUCUGACUGCAGUAAAAUGUCUUCAGUCGGCAGUGACAUGCUGCCUGAACCAGACGGGGACCCCCCCCUUAUGGCCAUGCACAUUUUGGCCAACCCUGGGGACUCCCUGCUCCUUCAGCACACCCUGGACAGGCUGCUUGGGUGGCUGAGUCCCAGCUCCCGCUUCUUCCACGUGUCAGAGCGAGCCUGCCCCCUCCGCGACCCCCCCGGCCCGGCGGCGGGCUGGCCCUCGCUGGCCGUCACCCUCUUCCUCCACGAGUCUCACGGGGAACAACGCAUCCUGAGGGUCCUGGACUUCCUGCAGCGGCCGCCGUGGCGGUACCACCACACUGAGGGCUGCCGCGGUCAGGGCGCCACCACGCGGCCCUACCUCCUGCCCAGCCGUGACUUCUACAGCCUGGGCCCCGGCAUGCCGGUGUGGGCAGUGCGCCCGGUGCACUGCGGUAGCGAGGCGCUACGUGUGACUCUCCACUGCGGCCAUGCCGACUUCGAGGACGCUGUGCGGUUCUACGAGAUGGUCCUGCGGCGGCGUGCCGAGGAGCCCAAACCCGGCUUCUGCUGGUUCUCCCUGCGCCUGCGGCCUGGCCUCCAGCUCCAGCUCGCCCUCAAGCAGCUGGCGCUCAGUGCGCGGCCGGAGCUCUGCCAUUCGGCCGUGCUGCAGUUCCAGGUGGACGAGAUCGGCCAGCUCGUCCCCCUACUGCCCAACCCCUGCACUCCCAUCAGCAUCACCCGCUGGCAGACUGAGGACCUUGACGGCAACAAGAUCCUCUUCCAAGUGAAGGGGAAUUUCCACGCGGCCGCCUCUACCCCAGUCUUCAGGGCUCUGCAGCAUAGCGCUGGCCUGCCCUGCCUUCAGGCCCGCUCCCCGUCCACCCUGGACGCCCGGCUGAAGGAGCAGGGGCCCGGCCGCCCCAUGGGGGGCACGGGGCGGGACAGCUGCUGCAGCACCCCAGCCAGCAGCUCCUGUUACUCCUCCCAGCGCAGCAGCCCCACGGCCCCGCCAGGCCUCCUGCUUGAGGAGACUGAUGUGGACACGGGCUGCUCUGUAGCGCCCCCUAUAGGUGGCGUCCUGGAUACCUUUGGCAGGGAGCUGUGUGUGUAUCUGCCGCCUGGCAAGGCCUCGUCUCUGAGCUCCCCGGGGCCCAGGAGCACCGGACUGCACUCUGGCCCCACCGGCUCCCCUCCCAGCCUGACUGUCCCUGGACGAGAGUCGCCAGCAGCUCUGGACCAGGCCCUGGCCUGUGGACACAAGCCUCAGGAGGAGGAGUUUUUCAUCUGACGGGAACCCCACGAUCUGCUGUGGCCUGCUGAUUGGACUUAGGACUUUAUCCUAUUUUUUUAAUUGUCUAUACAGGUUGUUGACUUUGAUUGUUCUGAGAAUAUGUGGCCGUGACUGCAGUGUCUGGCCGUGUGAGUGUAUGACAGUUUCUGCUCCUGAAGAAGAUUGUGAUAAAAAGUUAAACACCAAAUAAUAUGAGUUGAUGAGAGGGUAUACUAUGCAUUUCAUAGUUAGAGCUG